CCGAGCAAGCAACAGUCAAAUCUGGAAAAGAAAAUCCGCGCAGAGAGUUUUUGUGUGUUUAUCUUUUUGUUCCCUCUUCUGGGCGCGACCUUUGUCCUUUUUUGUUUUGUUUGUUUAUUUUAAUUUUGCGUGCAGCGGACAGAGAAGAGCCAUGAAACCGACGCGAAGUUGUGGAGUAGCUGUCAGCUUUGGGUGAAGCCGUCGGGACGUGGAAGGCUGCAGAGGUUCAAGAAGCGGAUCAGCAGGACGGUCUGGGGCGCACUGUAAAACAAUGGAAACUGUCGCCCCUCUUUACGCGGAUCCCUCAGUAUGAGCGGAGAAUAGGCGCCUCGGCCGAGCUGCGAUGGUCUGAACGCACUUUACUGUUGUGGUUUUCACAGAUCAACAGGGGCUCAAUUCAAUGAGAGGUCUGAUGGGAAAGUAAUAAAUCGGCGUGUGCUGCGAACAGAGAUAGAGAUCUGGUAUUUCGCUGGGCGGUGAUAACCACGCUGAGUGACACCAUGUGGACCCCGGGGACGUGGAUGUGGCGAGCGGCUCUGUGCUGCGUGCUUCUGGAAGCGUUAACGCGCACUGCCAGAGGUCUCAACAUGUGUAUGAGUGGCAGUGCAACGUCCUGUGAAGAAUGUCUCCUGAUUCACCCCAGUUGCGCCUGGUGCGCACAAGAGGAUUUUGGGAGGGGGCGGACUCUGACAUCACGGUGCGAUUUUAGUCCAAACCUGCAGAAGAGGGGCUGUGAGGCUCGGUUCAUCGAGUACCCCACCAGCAGCAUCUCAGUCCUGCAGAACAUGCCCCUGAGUUCUAAAGGGUCCGGGUCAACCCAGUACAACGUGGUCCAGAUCAUGCCUCAGAAAAUCUCCCUCAGCUUGCGGCCAGGAGAUCAGACGUGGUUUGGACUGCAGGUGCGGCAGGUGGAGGACUAUCCGGUAGAUCUUUACUACUUGAUGGACCUCUCUCUUUCCAUGAAAGAUGACCUGGACACCAUCCGUAAUCUGGGCACCAAGCUGGCCCAGGAGAUGGGAAAGCUCACCAGCAACUUCAGGCUGGGCUUUGGCUCCUUUGUGGACAAAAACAUGUCCCCAUUCUCCUACACGGCUCCCAAGUAUCAAGAGAAUCCAUGCAAUGGAUACAAACUGUUCCCCAACUGUGUCCCUACCUUCGGUUUCCGCCACAUCCUCUCACUGACGGACAAAGUGGACCGUUUUAAUGAGGAAGUACAGAAGCAGAUGGUAUCUCGCAACCGGGAUGCACCAGAGGGCGGAUUCGACGCCAUCCUACAGGCUGCUGUUUGUAAGGAGAAAAUAGGUUGGAGGAAGGAGGCCUACCACCUGCUGGUGUUUGCCACAGAUGACGUACCUCACCUUGCUCUGGACGGCAGGCUGGGAGGCCUCGUCCAGCCCCACGACGGACAGUGUCACCUCGAUGAGGAGAACGAGUACAGCGCCUCCACUAAGAUGGACUAUCCUUCUCUGGCUCUUCUCGGGGAGAAACUGGCAGAAAAUAACAUCUUUCUCAUCUUUGCAGUCACCAAACGGCUGUACGUUAUUUACAAGAAUUUUACUGCACUCAUACCUGGAACUACAGUUGAAAUCCUGGAUCAGGACUCCAAGAAUGUCAUUCAGCUGAUCAUCACAGCCUACAAUAACAUCCGUUCUAAAGUGGAGUUGACAGUGUGGGACCACCCAGAGGACAUCAGCCUUUCCUUCACCGCAACCUGCCAGGAUGGACAACCUCUGCCAGGCCUCAGGAAGUGUGCUGACUUGAAGAUAGGAGACACUGUUUCUUUCAAUGUGAGUGUGGAGGCAAGGAGCUGUCCUCCCCGCGGCACUGACCAGAGCUUCACCAUCAAGCCGGUGGGGUUCAAGGACCGGCUGGAGGUGGCUGUGAAUUAUCAGUGUGACUGCGGCUGCAGCCGGACAGCACAGACCAACAGCAGCAUCUGCAGCUCCAUAGGCACUUAUCACUGUGGGACUUGUCACUGUGAGCCGGGUUACCUGGGCGCCCGCUGUGAGUGCCAGGAGGGCGAGGCCAGCAGCAUGUACCUCAGCGCCUGCCGGGAAGCCGAAGGCAAGCAGGUCUGCAGCGGGCGCGGAGAGUGCAGCUGUAACCAGUGUCUGUGCUACGAAUCGGAGUUUGGCAAGAUUUACGGCAGCUUCUGCGAGUGCGACGACUUCUCCUGUGCCCGACACAAAGGCAUCCUCUGCUCAGGUCAUGGAGAAUGUCACUGUGGGGAGUGUAAAUGCCAUGCCGGUUACAUUGGCGACAACUGUAACUGCUCCACAGAGACGUCGUCCUGCGUUUCAGAUGACGGGCAGAUGUGCAGCGGACGAGGCAACUGCGUGUGCGGCCGCUGUCAGUGCACUGAGCCGGGCGCUUUCGGAGAUACCUGUGAAAAAUGCCCCACCUGCCCAGACGCCUGUGGCACUAAGAGGGAGUGUAUCGAGUGCCGGCUUUUCAACUCGGGACGACUUGCAGACAACCAGACUUGCCAGCGCCUGUGCAAGGAUGAAAUCAUCACUGUGGAGACCCUGAAAACUGAUGAACCAGGUGCUGUGCUUUGUCUGUAUAAGACAGACAACGAUUGUGUCAUGAAGUUCACAUACUCUGAACACGCCAGCGGACAGUCCAUCCUCACAGCUCUUAAAGAGCCAGAGUGUGGUGGUGGGCCAGAUGCCCUGAUGGUGCUGCUGGCGGUGGUCGGCAGCAUCCUGCUGGUGGGAGUUGUACUGCUCGCUGCUUGGAAGUUGGUCAUCACUAUUCACGACCGGCGGGAGUUUGCACGCUUCCAGAGCGCACGCUCACGUGCCCGAUACGAGAUGGCCUCCAACCCUCUGUACAAGCAGCCUGUCUCUACACAUUUUGUAGAAACAGAUUUCAACAUGUAUGGGAAGUCCUACAACGGAGGGGUCCACUGAUCCCUCAGCACAGGGCACGGCAGGACCGGUCCAGCAAACAGAUCCCUGGAGGACGGGGCCGAGGUGGAUGGUGGACUGAACACACUCGUCCCCCCUGCACGGUGCACAACUGAUAACAGAAGUGACAUAAACUGGACUGUGUCUGAGGGGGGAAUUUGUGGCCUUUUUAUCUUUUGCAGAGAAGAUUCAAGCCUUUCACACAAAAGUGAUUUGACUUCUUUUUCUUCAUGUGUGUGCUUCGCUUGGCAGUGGCAGUCGGUGGAGGAGCAACGAAGCAUGGACUCCUUGGUCUUGUUUAGAGAGAGAGAGAGAAAGAAAGUAGAGUUAGCAGUGAGCUUGUCUGCAGUUACAUGAGAUAAACAAACUCUCUCAUGAAGUCCAUAACUAAAACCACCGUUCGUUCUUUGUACAGAGCAGGCAAGACCUUGACUUAUAUUUGUAUAUUUUUAUAAACACUAAAAUUGCCCUUGUUAUUCUAAACUAUGCACCCAGCAGGACUCUGAACAAGUUGAAUUUCAUUCUUCAGAUAAUUCACAUGAUUAUUAAGCAGCACAUAUUUCUGAAGGUGGCUAUGACGACGUUGUGGUACUAACAUUUACUAAGCAAUAGACGUCUUACCUUCAUUUUGCACAGAGAAUAUUAAGAGUCAAGUCUUGUAAAGAUUUAAAUUUUCUCCUCUGUUGUGUUUGUGUGUGCGUGUGUUAUUGAAUGCUCCACUUGCACUCCCUUCUCUUAACUGAAUCGCAGGGUACCAGCUUACACCCCCCAGCCUCUGAACCCCUAAAAGAUUAGGCUGGUGUUACUCUCUUUUUGUCACAAAAUCCAGUGAAAAGAACAAAACCAGUGUCGUAGUCUUAAUACUUUUCUGCUCUGAGCCCAUUUGUUCCUCCUGUAGACACAAAUCACUGAAUACUGCAGUUUUCUCUUUUAUACGACUUUAAACAGAAGAUGUUUGGGCUUUGUGCUGUUGGUUUGACAAACGAGGGCAAGAUGUCGUCUUGGACCUUUGGCGUUAGGAAAGUGUGACAGCCUUUUUUUUUUUUUUUUUUUUUUUUUUUUGAUUGCACGUUAUAUGGACCCAAUGAUUGACUGAGAAAAUAGUUGAAUAAUGAAUUAGUAAUGAAAGAAGCAUUAGCUGAAGGUCUAAUCUACAGCAGCAGGACAUGUGUGUUCCUGGAUUAGUUAGUUAGUAGAUAAGUUCAUUGCUGGUUUUGGUAUUUUCAUUGAAUUUUUAAUUUGACAGUAUGAAAACUAUAGAAUAUCACCAGCCUCUGAUCUCUUAACAGCACCUCACAAUCAGAGGCAGCUUCACAUGUUAAGUACCAUACAACCAGCACUGUGGUAACUGCCAAAGCCUUCUCAUAUGAGAAAGCAAAUACGUUACACCCAUGACAACAUCACCUCUAGCUUGAAAUACAGACAGAUGCAGUGCUUUGAGUUAAAUCCAGUGUGAGCCUAGAAGCUAGUGGAGUGAGCUUGUGACUGGAAGGUUCCCUGUUCAGUCCCCUGGGCUGGCAGGAUUAAAUCUGGGUGUGAAGAACGAAAAAGCCUCCCUCAUCAUCACCACUGUGGUGCCCUUAAGCACCAUAGGUCAGACUGUCGUCACAUUGUGUGAAUGUGUGUAAAAAGAGAAAUUACUUUGAAUGAAUAUAUGUUAAAAAAAAAAAAAAAAAAAAAAAAGGAUUUGGGCAUACAGUACGACCAGCUGCUACAUUCACUGCUAAAUUCCCUGUGACACUGCGUCCACCCUGCCAGCUGUGGGAGUGGGUGGAAACUUUGGGAAGCCUCAAAGGACAGUGUCCAGGGUCAUAAAUCUACCGUCAGUGUUCCCACAGGAAGAGGUGGAGUGUGAACUGUCACAGGGAAGUCUGACAGCAGUGAGUCUGGGUGAGGGAGGAGGGUGCUCUGUGGCUGUUUUUUUUUUACUAUUUUUUUUUUAGUGGUCUUACAUUAAAAGUUGCAGGGACUUGGAGUUAGUGUGUGUAACAGUGUGUUUGAGAGAGUGUUUGUAAAUGAUAUUACUUGGGUACAUAUGUACAUACAGUGCCAAAAUGAAAUGAAAACUCCACAAAUUUCAGUUGUGGAGUUUUGACUCGGCUUGGCUGUGUGUGUGUCGUGGGCACAUUUGACGAAAACUCACCGAUCGCCACCUUUAUGAGCUCAGACAUAAACCAGCAGUGCAGCACUCUUCCUGUACGAUCCUCAACAUUUCCACACGGAUGAACGGUCCACCAAAGGACUCGCACCUCUACGUGUUUAUGUAAUACCGCACACACAGCAAAAACAAUAAAUCCGCUUAUGUCAAAAGUCAGUGAGUCUGUUGUGUUUGGCUCAAUCUAAUUUUAAACAACACUACUGUGUGUGCACACACACACACACACAGAGUGCAGUUAAACAUCUGUUUGCACCACUAACCAUGCUCUCACAUGUUUGAUGUGUGAUCACACAGUCAGGAAGGCUGGUCUCAUGUGUGCUCUGGCGCUGUAAUUUACACCUUCUUGGUUAGACCCCUCCCAGAUAUGAUGGUCAUGAUGAUGCAGCACGUUGUACAAAAUGACCUUAUAAUGAUGUGUUCAGCCGCUCUCUUCAGAUCAACCUAUCAUUUUGUUCUUUUAAAGCAUCGUAUCUCUGCGGGGUCAUUAUUGUGGCAGUGGUCUUGUGGUCAUACCUAGGUUUCUGAAUGUAUAUACAAAUCUGUAAAUUCAUACACAGAUUUAUGAAUCUGUGUCUCAUGUCUCUGAGUGUCACACACAUCUUCCAUGUGUCUCUGCAGCUUGUUUUCGGGCGAAGACUAACUUCUGUCAGGAGGAAACUGCAGCAGCCUCUGUUUGUUCUGUUAUUCCUGCUCGAGGUGAGCUCAUAAAUCUCCUUCCCCUCCCUCUUGGUGGUUUUCAGUGGGUUUCCUCCCUCUCUCCUCCCCCUCCUGGCUGGGUGAGAGUCUUCUGCCAGUUGCAGCGUCAUGCUCAUGAAGUCACAGAGCUCAGGUUAAAUCUGCCUGUGAGAGGCAGGAAUUGGCGGUGGGGGUACAGAAAGAGUCGACAGACAAAAAUACACAGAACUAAUUACCAGUGUGAGAGAUCUCACCCUCAUUAACACAAUCAAUGUCCUAAUUAGCAUCUGCUGACCAGCCUGACUCACAGCUCAAGAGGAUGAUGGGAAAUUGAUUUAUUAGAGGGGGUGAAUGGCUGUCUCUGCACAUUUGUUAUGUUUUAGGAAACAAGACUCUUUGACGUGAGCAGAUUUUCUACAAACACACCUGUUAGUAUAUUUAUAUCUGCUUUGUGCAGUUCCGUCUCUUUUCUAAGACUCUUUGAGUUUUCACAGCUUUUUCAGAAAUUCUGGUCUUUAUUCGUUUCUGCCUUUUACAGAGAUUUUUAAAAAAUAAUUUACUGAUUUUUAAAACUGUUGUUAAACUAUGUCUGGUAAACAAUUACUGAUAAUUUAUUUGGCAAACGUCCUUCAUGGUUGAAUUAAAAGGCAUCAUUUACAUCA